AUGGACGUGGCACAAGCAGUGGCCAGUUAUGUCUCUCGUAUGAUUCAAUCGGCCGAUUCUUCUUCGACGACACAGUCGGCCAAGAUGAAGGUCCUGCUACUGGAUCGAGAGACAGUUCCCAUUGUGUCCACUGCCAUCACCCAGUCAGCACUACUGAACCAUGAGGUUUAUCUCAUCGAUCGCAUAGACAACGCCAAAAGGGAAAAGAUGCGCCAUCUCCGAUGUUUGUGUCUCGUACGCCCAUCGCCAGACUCCAUUCAGCUUCUUAUUGAUGAGUUACGAGAGCCAAGAUACGGGGAGUAUCACCUGUAUUUCACCAACAUCGUCAAGAAGUCAUCACUAGAAAGACUCGCCGAGGCUGAUGACCAUGAGGUCGUCAAGUUGGUCCAGGAGCAGUUUGCCGACUUCAUCGUCAUCAACCCCGACCUAUUCUCACUUGGGCUCAGCCUUCCCCAUCAGCGUCUGUGGGGCAGCAACCCAGACACGUGGAAUUCAGACGCCCUACAGAGAAGCACUGACGGACUCAUUGCCGUGCUCCUCGCGCUCAAGAAAAAACCGCUGAUCAGAUAUUCCAAGACUAGCCCACUUACCAAGAAACUCGCUACAGAAGUGCGAUAUCGCAUCACGCAGGAGGAGCAGCUUUUCGACUUUCGUAAGGUGGAUACGCCUCCUAUUCUCCUCGUUCUCGACCGACGCGAGGAUCCAGCAACACCUCUUCUCACCCAAUGGACAUAUCAAGCCAUGGUGCAUCAUCUUCUCGGAAUCACCAAUGGCCGAGUUGAUCUGAGCGAUGUGCCUGACAUUCGCCCAGAGCUAAAGGAAAUCGUCUUGUCGCAAGAUCAGGAUCCUUUUUUCAAGAAGAACAUGUAUCUCAACUUUGGUGACCUGGGCGGGAACAUCAAGGACUACGUGGAGCAGUAUCAGUCCAAGACACAAAACAGCUCAAAUAUUGAGUCUAUAUCGGACAUGAAGCGCUUCAUCGAGGAAUACCCUGAGUUCCGCAAGCUAUCUGGAAAUGUUAGCAAGCAUGUCACCUUGGUCUCGGAGUUGAGCAGACGUGUCGGCGCCGAGAACCUACUUGAAGUCAGUGAGCUUGAACAAAGUCUCGCUUGUAACGACAACCAUGCGGCCGAUCUCAAGAACAUCCAAAAGCUCAUUCAGUCUCCAAAGGUGACAAGCGACAGCAAGAUGGGCCUUGUCGCCCUCUAUGCGCUACGAUACGAGCGGAGUCCGUCUAACGCUCUUCCCAUGCUCGUGGAUCUCUUGGUGGCCGCUGGCGGGGUUUCGGUUCGGCGAGCAGAUCUCGUUUUCAAGCUGGUGAAAUACCAAUCUUCAUUGCAGCAGUCACAGGCACAAACAGGCAUCACAGACAUCUUCGAGGGAGCUGGCAUAUUUGGAGGAGCCGGUGCCCGGUUCAAGGGGCUGAAGGGCGUUGAGAACGUUUACACCCAGCAUAGCCCUCUGCUUGAAAAUACGCUUCAGAAUCUGAUCCGGGGACGGCUGAAAGAACAGCAGUAUCCCUUUGUUGAGGGUGGGGGAACUACUCGGGACAAGCCGCAAGAUAUGAUUGUCUUCAUAGUAGGUGGUGCGACGUACGAGGAGGCUAAAAUGGUUGCAACAAUCAACGCAUCGUCGCCAGGUGUGCGCUUGGUACUAGGAGGUACAACGGUCCAUAACUCGGCUACGUUCCUUGAAGAGGUUGAGGACGCUGUAUCUUCGUGGCCCGAGAUACAAAAACCCGGCACGAGGCGAUAG